AAUUCAAUUGCUUGUUCUCUUUUAGUCUUAAACAAGAGAAGGUCUCUCCCAUUUCUCCCUCGUCGGCUUAACUCCACUUCCCCACAGUUCAACAACGUGAAGCUCAUGCAGUUCCAUCGCCGACUGCAGCAGCCGUGUACUUCCGUCCGCCGGCCUGUGCAGUUCUGUCCGCCAGUCUGCGAAUAUCAGCUAGGCCGUUCUAUUCGCAACUCUUCUUGACAUCAAAGUGAUUUCCCGUGAACCAUCCGCAGAGUGUUUCGAUGAACAGUUAUUUGCUACAAGAUAAGAACCUCCUAUUCUUACUAGCAUGAAUAUUGGAAGAACAAAGACUUCUGCUUUUCUACUCAAUUUCCAUCACUUUUUGGAGCAAUGUUCUUCUAUCCACUCAAUAUCACCAUCACAAACGCUUCAAGACAGCAUUAAAGCUGCAGUUGAAUCCAAGUCGUAUAAGAAACUUCCCGGUCUGUUUCCUUCGUUGCAAGAAGCUUGCCAUAACCCCAAUCUUUUCUUGUUUCUCUCCACUUUUCCUCUUAAUUUAAGAACACAAGUUGUGGAUGAGAUAUUACAAUCUUUAAUAUUUGUUAGACCUCGCUCAAAAUCCCAAUUUGUCCAUGGCUCUCUGCUUUUCUACACUCUUCAAAGCCCUUCACCCUUUCCCCUCUCUCUUCCAGUCCUCCAGAGGAUUCUCCACUCCGGUUGUGUCCCUUCCCCUCAGACCCAUUUUCUACUUUCUUCUGCCUGGCUAAAACAACGUAGCCAGGCUAAGUCUGUUGCUAAUAUAUUGAUGGAUAUGCAGUCAAUUGGUUACAAGCCUGACAGCAACAUAUGUAAUUAUCUUAUAUCCUCCCUUUGUUCCAUUGGUGAAUUAGCUGAGGCCUUUCAAGUUUUGAAAGGUAUGGGAGGGGCAGGGUGUGUUCCUGAUUUGGAGAGUUAUGGUACCUUAAUUCGUGCAGCAACAGCUGUUAGACGGACGGAUAAGGCAGUAGAAUUGCUAAAAGAAAUGGUUGUAAAAGUUAAAUUGAUGCCAAGACAAAGAACGAUUAUUAACGUUGUGGCUGCGUUACGAGCAAACCGAGAGGUAAGGAGAGCUGUUGAGAUCAUUGAGCUGUUGGAGAGGGACAGUCACGAUGUUGGAUUUGAGAGCUAUGAGCUUCUUGUUGAAGGUUGUCUAGAGUGUCGUGAGUAUAUUUUAGCGGGAAAGGUGAUCAUGGCGAUGACAGACAGAGGGUUUAUACCGUAUAUCAAGGUCAGGCAAAAGGUUGUUGAGGGGCUGUAUGGCAUUGGGGAACUGGAACUUGCUUCUGCGGUAAGACGCAGAUUUGUAGAGUUGGGGUCUUAGAUACUAUAAAUUUUUUUAUAUCUUAUUCUCAAAUAUAUAUAUGGAAUCCAAAUGACAUGUGGAGAAGAUUUAAAGAAUAAUUUUUCACGAUAAA